AUGGCAUUCUUCGAGAUUGAAACACCAGGGUAUUCAUUAACCACUGGGUUCUUUUUAUCUUCACUAGUUUCCUUUGGAUAUGUCUUCAUAUUAUACUUAUCCAAAUCAGUUGUUAAUGGACAAGAAAUCGAACGUAAUGAUCCAAAAGUUAUUAGUUCAAGAAUCAUUAAAGUUGUCGGGUUAUCUGCUUUGAUAUUGGCAACUUUACCAGCAUUAGUUUCAAAGAUUUCAACAGAACCAACAAAUAAGAUUUAUGCCGAAUUGGGAUUCUUACCAGGUUUGAAGUUUAGAUAUGGUGAAUUUCAUUUCGAGACUGGUCAUAUUGGGUUAUUCAUAAGGGAUGUUUUACAAUCUUUAUUAUUAGUUUUGAUCUUGUUUAUUGGUCCUGUUUUGGAUUUAGCAUUUUUCAGUUCUCCAGAUCCAUCAUUUUUAAUUAAAGAAGUUUCAAGACAAUUAUCAACAUUGGCUGGGUUGAGAGAUUUAAUUGUUGGUCCAUUAACUGAAGAAAUCAUUUAUACUUCAGUUACAAUUGUUAUUUUAUACCAGGUUAAGGAAAUUUCAACAAAGACUUUAAUAUUCUUACCACCUGUUUUCUUCAGUUUUGCUCAUUUCCAUCAUGCCUAUGAAUUAUUUACCAAAAAGACACCAAUCCAUAUCAUUGGUGCAGUCAUUGCAUUCCAACUAACUUAUACAUUUUUGUUUGGAAUUUUCACAAAUUUUGUGUUUUUGAGAACAAACAACUUGUGGAGUUGUUUCUUGGUUCAUUCAUUCUGUAACUUUAUCGGUGUUCCAAAAUUCACUGUAUCAACUACUAAAUUUGCAUAUUGGAAUAUUGUAUACUAUGCAUUGUUAGUCCUUGGAUCUAUUGGAUUUUAUAGAUUCUUGUACACAUUCACUCAAAGUUCAUUAGCAUUAGUUCCAUGGUGA